CAACUCACCAUAGCCCCGCCUCCUCAGUUCCGGCAUUUUGGCUCCGGAAGUACCGUACUUUUUUUGGUUCACAGGAAAAGGAAAAAAAACUGCUGUUGGGAAACAAAACAGCAAAAAUGCCUGCCCCUAAAAGACACAAGUCUUUUCAGGCUCCUCAAGCAAAGAGAAGAAAGGAGGAUCAGAAUGAAGUCGCCAUGCCAUCCAACAAAACGACACCAGCCUCUGCAACGUCAAGCAACCCCCAAAGAGAAGCACCUUUGCGGAGAAGGAAUAAGAAAAAGCCCCCUGCAGAACUAAAAGAGGGAAAUAAACCUGCAGGGUCCAGCCGCCAUUCCUCCAAGACAAAAUCAACUCAAAAGGCCAGAACUAGGACCAAGUUCAAUCCACCUGUAAAGAACGCCAAGCUGCUGAAAGCCACAAGUGCCUCCUCAAAGAAUCCCAACUCUAAAGGAACCCUAAAAAGACCAGCCAAGAUCUUCAAAACUGCUUCCACAGAGUCUGAUGAGGAGCUUAUCAGAACUCAUAAACACCAUUGCAUCAGAAAAUACUCUAAUGGGGAUCGAGGUAAGCGUAAAGGGUCACAGUCUAACCUGAAUGAAGAAGUAUUGCUCUCAGACCCUGUGCAGAGGGAUCACAAUUAUGGUAUACCCUCUGCGUCUUAUGGUAGUCAUUCUGAAAUUGAGGAAAAUAAAAGAGUCAGAGAGUCCACCAGAGGUCCAGAGACCCGGGGAGAUGUGAAGAUGGAAACUCAAAUGUCUUCAGAACCCUUACCUGAACAAUCUGGACAGAUGAAGCGGAGCAGUGAGACGCAUGAGGUGCAGGAUAAUUCCAUGACCACCCCAACAGAUGAAUUUAGUGAGAGUGUCAACACCAAGCCUGACAUAAAAAUGUCUCCUCCAGCAUCCCCUGAGAAAGCUUCAGACCCCAUCCAUAAGCAGGUGAACCAGAAUAAUUCCAUUACCACCCCAACAGAUGAAUUUAGUGACAGUGUCAAUACCGAGCCUGGCAUAAAAAUGUCUCCUCCAGCAUCCCCUGAGAAAGCUUCAGACCCCAUCCAUAAGCAGGUGAACCAGAAUAAUUCCAUGACCACCACAACAGAUGAAUUUAGUGAGAGUGUCAACACCAAGCCUGACAUAAAAAUGUCUCCUCCAGCAUCCCCUGAGAAAGCUUCAGACCCCAUCCAUAAGCAGAUGAACCAGAAUAAUUCCAUUACCACCCCAACAGAUGAAUUUAGUGAGAGUGUCAAUACCGAGCCUGGCAUAAAAAUGUCUCCUCCAGCAUCCCCUGAGAAAGCUUCAGACCCCAUCCAUAAGCAGGUGAACCAGAAUAAUUCCAUUACCACCCCAACAGAUGAAUUUAGUGAGAGUGUCAAUACCGAGCCUGGCAUAAAAAUGUCUCCUCCAGCAUCCCCUGAGAAAGCUUCAGACCCCAUCCAUAAGCAGGUGAACCAGAGUAGAGAGAAACAUGAGGAGCAGAAUGAUUCCGUGACCAUCCCUACAUAUCAAGUUAGUGAGAGUGUAGCGAGCAAGAUGGAUGCAUAUAAAAAGUCUGCAGACCCCAUACCUGAACUACUAAAACAGAGCACUGAGACACAGGAUAUGCAGGAACAUUCCAUGACCACCCAUACAGAUAAAGUUAAUGAACAUUUAGAGACUAAGGUCGGUGCAAAAAUAUUGUCUCCUCCAGCCAUCGGCUUAGUAGCAUAUAGUAGCAGUAGUGAUUCUGAAUGUGAAGGUGAGGGAAAUGACAGGACGGGAGUCACAGAGUCAAUAGAUGUGAAGAUGAAAACUCAAGCAUCUUCAGAGAAGGCUUCAGACCCUGUCCCUGAACAGGUGAAGGAGAGCAGUGAGACGAGGCAGAUGCAGGAGGAUCCCAUGACCACCUCUACAUAUGAAGUUACCGAGGAUUCUAUGACCUCCCCUACAUAUGAAGUUACCGAGGAUUCCAUGACCUCCCCUACUGAGAGUGUAGACGACAAGCUUGAUGCAAAUAUAAAGCCUCCUCCAUCUAUAGAAGUAUAUUCAGAGGAGGCUUCAGACCCUGUCCCUGAACAGGUGAAUCCUGAACAGGUGAAUCAGAUAUACAUUGAAAUAGAGAAGGUGCAGGAAGAUUCCAUGACCACCCCAACAGAUGAACUACAUGAACUUUUAGAUGGCACGCUUGAUGCAGAAAUAAUGUCCCUGCCACCUUUAGAAGCAUCCUCUGAGGAGACCCAUACAUUUGAAGUUAGUGAGAGUGUAGAGACCAAGUGUUCAGAACUUGCACCUGAACAUGUGACGCAGAGCACUGAGAUGCAGGUAGAUUCCGCGCCAACCCAUGCAGAUCAAGUAAGUGAGAGUGUAGACACCAAGCUUGAUAUCGAAGUAAAUUCUGCUCUACCUGUAGAACUAUCCUCUGAGGAGACUUCAGACAUUGUCUCUGUCUCAGAGCAGGUGCUGCAGAGCAGUGAGACACAGGAAGUCCAGGAAGAUUCCAUGACCACCCGUACAGAUGAACUUAGGGAAAGUUUAGGAACAAAGUCGGGUGCUAAAAUAAAGUCUCCACCCUUAGAGGUGCUUUUCAGUGCUCUAAAGGAGUCCAGUCUUUGCAAACAUCCCCUGUCUCAUACGAUGCGCUCAAAUGUCAAAGAGUUUCUGGGAGUAGAGGAUUCUUUAGAAAUCACUAAAAAAGACUGUGGCUUUGGUGUAACGGAGAGCAUUGAGUGUACUUUAGACCUGGAGACUCCGAUUAUUGUCGAGGAUAUGGAGAUCGGCCACUGUGUUGUGGAGGUGGUGGGAGAGAAUGGAGAUGAGGUGGAUAGUGAUCUGGAAAUCAUAGACAACUCUGAGAGGCCAGAGAAGACACUUGAACUAACCAAAGGGUCUGAAGAAGAGUGCAGUGUGGAUAAAAGUGAAGAUGGUAUUGAAAAGAAAGGCACAAGUUCCUCUAACCAAGACAGCACAAAUAGUGGGAAGAAGGAAGCUACUAAAAAAACCCAGGGUAGCCUGGAAAAACCCAAGAAACAGCAGAUGAACCCUCAGGCCCGGACCAAAGCCCGACUAGCAGCGCUAGCUGAGCAAAAGGCAGCUGCCUCCAAAAAAGCGAGCAGGCAGCUCAACCUCCUGGCCCUAUGUGAAGAAAUAGCAGAUGAUAUCGCCACUGACACAAUGUUAAUAAAGACGAAGGAGGAGGAGGAGCAGGUUGUAACAAUUAAGGCUGAACCCAGCAAGGAGCCAGAAUGCACACCGCCUGUCACACAGGCUGAGACUGUUCCGAUACCUCCUACUCCUGCCCGGCCCGAGGAACCGUCUCCAGCAGUAGAACCCUCCGCUGAGGAGCCUGCUCCAGCCAAGCCCCCAGCUCCAGAGCCACCUCGGAGGCGUUUCUUCAUCAGCCAAGUGACGGUACCCCUCAAAAUCCACGAGAAGAAGAAGCUUACCAGGUUCCAGAGGCUGCGGCAGGUGGAACUGCAGCGGGAGAAGAAUAUGUCCUGGACCAUGGUGAAGAAGCUCAAGUCCGAUCAGAAGAUGAUUCCAGAGACUGAGACUAAACCUUCCCCUCCAGCAGCAGCACCUGUCCAAGUGACCACCCCCCCACCCCCCUCAGCCAGUCCAGCAGCACCCACAGUAGCUGCACUCUCCCCAACCAGUCAAGAAGUGACCCCAAAAGUUGAGCCCCCAAAAGUUGAGCCCCCCAAAGUGACCCCCAGUAAGGGACCCACGCUGAGAAAGAGGACGCUUCCAGCAGAACCCCCACCGAUGCCCAACGGGCUGAAAGCUCAGAAGGCCAAGCCUGUGGUGGAGUAUAAGCCUUACAAAUCCAGGCCCAAGUACUCCUUUGAUGACUUUGAAUGUGAUGACGAGCCGAAACCCACAGUGCAGAAGGCAGCAGUGAGACCUACAGCUACUACUAUUCAGAGGGCAGCAGUUAAACCCACAGCCGUUCAGAGGGCAGCAGUGAGACCGACACCUAGUACCAUUCAGAGGGCAGCACGGAAAACUACACCUACCACCAUUCAGAGGGCAGCAGUGACACCUACCACCAUUCAGAGGGCAGCAGUGACACCUACCACCAUUCAGAGGGCAGCAGUGACACCUACCACCAUUCAGAGGGCAGCAGUGACACCUACCACCAUUCAGAGGGCAGCAGUGACACCUACCACCAUUCAGAGGGCAGCAGUGACACCUACCACCAUUCAGAGGGCAGCAGUGACACCUACCACCAUUCAGAGGGCAGCAGUGACACCUACCACCAUUCAGAGGGCAGCAGUGACACCUACCACCAUUCAGAGGGCAGCAGUGACACCUACCACCAUUCAGAGGGCAGCAGUGACACCUACCACCAUUCAGAGGGCAGCAGUGACACCUACCACCAUUCAGAGGGCAGCAGUGACACCUACCACCAUUCAGAGGGCAGCAGUGACACCUACCACCAUUCAGAGGGCAGCAGUGACACCUACCACCAUUCAGAGGGCAGCAGUGACACCUACCACCAUUCAGAGGGCAGCAGUGACACCUACCACCAUUCAGAGGGCAGCAGUGACACCUACCACCAUUCAGAGGGCAGCAGUGACACCUACCACCAUUCAGAGGGCAGCAGGGAGACCUACCACCAUUCAGAGGGCAGCAGGGAGACCUACACCUACCACCAUUCAGAGGGCAGCAGGGAGACCUACACCUACCACCAUUCAGAGGGAAGCAGGGAGACCUACACCAGUGUCCGAAAAUGGCAAACAUGAAGACUCAAAACCUACCGUGCACAAGCCAGAAAACAGGGGUCAGAAGACAGUAGGACAUACUGCCCUGAAAACAGUAGGACCUACCGCGCCGAAAACAGGACAUAUCACACAGAAAACAGUAGGACCUACCGCGCAGAAUACAGUACCAACUGUACAGAAGGCCGUAGAGAUACCAACCCCUAUGUCCAAAAAUGGUAAACAUGAGGACUGCAAACUUACUGUACAGAAUGCAGUAGUACCUACCGUACGCAAGGCAGACAUGCCUAGACCCAUUGUACAGAAGGCAGCGGUGGUACCUAUAUCUUCCCCCAAAACGGAGCAGAAAGCAGAAGCACCACCUACGGCCAAAACUGGCGAAGAUGAGGAUUCCAUAGCACCAGUGUCCUCCCCUCCCUCUGAAGAGCCCCCAAGAGAUUCUGUUGACAAAGAGCAGUGUGAAGAAAAGCCUGCUGUUACUGAGAUUAAACCCGCAUCCCAAGAGGACAAGACAACAACAGAGAAUGCCGUUGACUUUGGGGUGGUUCAAUCAGCAGGUAAUAGCAGUCCCCUCUCUGACGAACGUCUGCAGAAAGAAAUCAAGAAACUAAAGGAGACCGACAAAGACGGAAAUCAAGCCAUUAUUGAUGCAGGGCAGAAGCACUUUGGCCCAGUAACCUGCAGUGUGUGUGGGAUGCUGUAUUCCGCUGCCAACCCAGAGGAUGAAUCCCAGCAUUUGCUCUUCCACAACCAGUUCACCAGUGCUGUCAGAUAUGUGGGGUGGAAGAAGGAGAGGAUUUUGGGGGAGUACCCCGAUGGCAAGAUCAUUCUUGUCCUUCCAGAUGACCCCAAAUAUGCACUGAAGAAGGUUGAGGAGAUUAGAGAGAUGGUGGACAAUGACCUGGGCUUCCAGCAGGUUGAGACCAAGUGUCCCUCCCAGACUAAAACCUUCCUGUUUAUCUCCAAUGACAAGAAGGUAGCUGGUUGCCUUAUCGCUGAGCACAUUCAGGAGGGCUACAGGGUCAUUGAGGAAGCGGUGCCCGAGGGCUCAGAGGGAGAGAAGGUGAUGUUUGAGCGUCAGAGAGCAUGGUGCUGUUCCACCAACCCAGAGCCAGCCCUCUGUGGCAUCAGCCGCAUCUGGGUCUUCAGCAUGAUGAGACGGAGGGGCAUCGCCUCACGCAUGAUCGAGUGUCUCAGGAACAACUUCAUCUACGGCUCCUACUUGAGCAAGGAGGAGAUCGCUUUCUCCGACCCCACGCCCGACGGGAAGCUCUUUGCUACACACUACUGUGGCACCUCGCAGUUCCUGGUUUAUAACUUUGUCAGUGGAACUCGUUCAGACCAACAAAGUCCUAAUUUGGUGUAACCAAUCGCAUCAAGGUGGAUUAUUGUUGAGGCCCAGCGACUCCUCACCAACCAAUCUUGUCGUGGACAUCCUGUCACAAGCACAUUGUGGCUCUUUUAGACUGAACGUUUAGACUCAUCAAAAACUACUGUACUGACUCUUCUGAGGGGAAAUCUUGGUUUUUAAUCUCAGGUUGAAAACAACAAGGUGUUGUUUAAAAGAUUUAAAAUCUCCCUUUAAUCCCUGCAUAGUAUUUUGAGACAAAUAAUAUUUUUAUUUAUGUUUUUUAAAUAAGAAACAAGCUUUUAUUGGCAGUAUUAGAGUUUACAUGCAUUAAGCUUGACAGCAAUAGAAAACAGAGCAUUUCACAAUUCAUAGUUUUUGAAGAUCUACUUAAUUUUACUCAAAUGGUUCUAAAACAAUGUCCUGUUCUAAUAAUGCUUUUCAUUCAUGUUGAGCAUCUUAAAAACUGUUAGAAGUUGCUAAUAUUAAGAUGAGGUGUCAUGUGUACACAAGGGGUUGUUCUUACACACUUCCAUGUUCAUCAUCUCUUUACUUUUAAUGAAGGGAUGUGUUGACCACCUGACGUUCCAUUAUGUGAUACAGAGUACAUUAUUGUUAAGGUCACUCUCACAGAAUUUAUCGGAAUGUGGUGGUUUGAUUCUGUUGAGUGAAGUUUUCACCAAUUUCUUCACUUCAUGAUCGUUCUCAGUCUUGUUGCCAUGUGUCCUAAUCAUGUCCAUUAUUAAAAUGGAGAGUCCUAUUUGGGAUAGUUAUCCUCCUUAGGCAGUAAGUUGCAUGGACUAGCAGGUAGGUAAUAAUGGUUGGAUUUCUGUAUGGGGCAUUUUUCUGUAGUGCUUCUAGUCAAGGCACUUUACCCAAGUUGCCUCAGAAAUAUAUCUAACUGCAGAACUGUUAAAUGUGAGCUGUGAUAUAAGGGAAUUGGUAAGGCAGUGAGCAUUCGCUCGUUUCUGCCUGUGUAUGUUUUAGCCUGCCAUGAAUCAUAAACCUCAACCUGACUGUUAGAUUUCACUGACAGACUGAUCGUACUGUAGACUCCCUCAAAUGUUCUCAUCCAAACUGCCCUUAUUUGAAGGCCCCCCCCUGAAAUCACCAUUUUUAAUAAUUUACCAUUUCUUCUAUUGGCAGAAAGUUUUAUUCACAUUUAGGACCUCAUUGAUAAGACAUUAAGAGUUAAAAGUAAAUCACGUAAUAUGAAUAAUAUAAAUGUCAUUGAAAGGGUUUAAAAGCUCAGGGUUAUUUGUUUUUUGAGGGAGUUGAAAACACCAUCCAUGUCAAAGGUGAUUAUCACAGCAAACCAAGGGACAGUUGCUCAGCCUUCAAAAAGGGUUGUGAGUCAUACAUUUUUCUGGUAUCAAUGAUUUAUUCAUCACAUUGCCCUUCAUUUUGAAACAUUUUCUUUUAGAAAUAUUGUGGGUCACGUAAGAAAACACAUUUGAUUUAUAAAGAGCUGUCAUGUAAAUAGUUAUUUAAAAAUAAACUAUCCUGCCCUGCU